AAAACCAGUCGGCGAUUCUCGCAGCACAAGCAAAAACCCACAAUCAUUUCUUCUUGGCACAUCUUCUAAGGAAAACCUACCCAAAACCCUAACACGGUUCGCGUCGUGGUUGCUUAUUCCCAUGGAGGAUCAGAGCAGCAGGAAGCGACUCAGAGACGCCGACGACUCGGACGAUUUGGACUUCCAGUCGGCCGAGGUGAAGAGGCUCAGGGACGAUCUCCUCAGCUUCCUCGACGACUCCGACCCCGAUCCGGGGGCUCCGGAUCUGGACUCCCUCAUGCGGAGCUUCCAGGACGAGAUCGCGGCGGCGCCGGCGUCCUCCUCGCCGUCCCCGGCGGCGGUGGAGGUGGUCGACCUCACGGCGGAGUCCGGCGACUCGAAGUCGGAGCUCGGGUACCUUCUAGAAGCCUCGGACGACGAGCUCGGCCUCCCGCCUUCGACCACCCCUUCGAGCGGCGAGGCGGCGAGCUGCGAGGCCGAGCUGGUCCGGGCCGCGUCCGAGGCGUCCGGGGUCAGCGAGUUCUGGGAGUUCGAGGAUCGGAUUUCGAGUUACGGGGACUCGUUCCAGUUCGGAGGAGCGGGGGACGGGUACGGCGGCGGGGAUGACGAGGGCGAGUACGUGGCGUUCGAUGGGCUGUUCGACUACUCCGACGCGGGUUUCGAUCCGUCCGAUCUGCCGGGCUUUUCGUGGCGGCGUGGGGAGACCAUGCCGGCGCUAUAGGCGUCGGGGUCGAAACGGGGUUCGUGAGCGCCGACGGGCGCUGAUUUGUAUAAAUUAACUUUCUUUUUGUCUUGACUUUUCAUUUGUAAACAGAAAAAAUAUAUGUAGCAGACUAGCAGGAGCUAGAACACAGAGCUGAAACAG